AGAUGAGUCUUUUUUUUUCUUCUUUCUCUCCUUCCUUCCUUAUUCUCCUUCUCCUCCUACCUCCCUCCCUCCCUCCCGUCCUUUGCUCCAUCGCCUAGCCGGCCAAUGCACCCCCGCCAUCUCGAUGACUAAAAUUAAACUUUCGUUCCGUCGACUCUCUCCCAUCAACUCGGCUCGGGCUCCCCCGUUCCCCUGCGCGUUCUUUUUCCUCCUCCUUCCAGUUGCGAGUUUGAUCGCUUCCAGUGUCGUCUCGUCCGCCGCUCCGUCUUCCUCACUUCUUGCAACCGUGUGUCCUUCUCUCUGUGCGCCCUGGGCAAAUACGGGAGGGAUCAGCUCUGCUGGGAUUUGUUUCUUUUCCUCCCGUCUUGAUUGAGUUGAUGAAGAGUUGGGCUGCCAGUUAGUCCGGCGACGUUAGCACAAUGACGGAUCGUCAUUGCAGCGUGUCUAUCAACGCUUACAUGACUCUGCCCAGGCUGGGACAGAUGGUCCAGUCGACCAGUAAUGGCAAUGUCCAAGCCAAUGGAAUUCGCUUUGAAUAUUCGUGGAGUAACAGCGUCCCGGAUUUGUCGCCGACGCCCAAUCGACGCUCGGCUUCCACGGCUCGUGCCUACCAUCCGCCACCGAUGGAUGCGGAUGCCAACGCCUUUCGGUGCAGCCAUCGCAAGAAUUCGUCGUCGGGUUAUGGCAGUGGCGAGACUCCGGCGCCGGUCAUGGCGGCCACUCUGACCGUUUCCCAUCCGGCCGGAUCGUCCAGUUCCUUCAGCGGAGACAGCGGCCGCAGAGCGACGCAGCCGUACGAGCGGAGGUGCAGGAGCACUUGCAGCAUCACACUGCAGACCAAUCAGGAGAAUCCUGCCGAAUCGAACCAGACGGCCCAGGAGGCUGGAAGUUAUCCGCUUUAUCCGCAUCAUUUCAGACGUUGCUCGGAAGGCGAGACGUGGAACAGCCACACCAAAAUGCCUCCACUCUCAGUGCCGCCUCCAGUCCAGUCUCCCUGUCCCGUUUUAUCGCCUCUGCCCGUCUCUCCCGUCACCUCUUCAACUCCGGUGGACAAGGUGAAAAGAAGGAAAGACGGAAAGAAAGGAAAAGGACGUGAGAGGCCGCGAACGGUCCACAUUGACGUUUACUGCACGGCCUCCGAGUCGGAAACGGAAACUUGCCUGGAGGAAAGCGACGAAUCGAACGAAUCGAAUACUUCGACUGGGCAGACGGUCUUGAGGGCUGACCAGCCUGGCACCAGAGUCCGCCACAUUCGCAAGAAGACGAGUCUGCCCAACGGCUUGACCGCGACAAAGGGAUGCGCUCCGGGUCUGAAACCGGUGCUGAGCUACCGGAUCAGUACCAAAGAGCUGGCCGAGGCCGUUGAGCGCAAACGCGUGUCGUCCAAGACGACGGACGCCAGCUCGGACCUGCUGGAUGACGAGCUCUUCCGCAAUUUGACGUUGACGGAUUCGUCGGUCGUUUCCCUGCUGGCCGAUUCCGAGCCAGAAUCCUCCGACACGCGAUUCAGCGAAGAUUCCUACCUGGACGCGAAAGAGUCGGACAAAACUUGGCGAUCGCCGGAGAAGGAACGAAAGCGCAAGAUGCUGGAGCAGCGGAAGCAGCAGUGGCGUGCGGCCAAAUCUGCGGAGCAAUGCGAAGAAUCCGCUCGAUUCGCUUCCAGGGCCAUGCCUACCCGGCCGCCUUCGUCACCUGACAACACUUUGCUGGGCCCUGCAGCCUACGAUUUGCGGGAGAAAUUCAAGAUGCUGGGCCAUUCCGGCAGUGGCGGCAGCUCGGACAAGGUUUCCAGAUGCAAUUCUCAGCGAUGUCCCGUCCUGGACAAAAGUCAUCCAUCUGCUUCUCGAGAAUUUAGCGCUUCCAGUCAAUCACUGCGCCCGGAAUCGGUUCACAUUUCGAGUCCCAGUCCCAGCUACUGCAGCAGCGUCAUGGGCAGUAGCAUCGUGACGGAUAGCAACAGUUCGACCGACGUUCCAGUCGACCAACUGGCAGUUCCCACCCAAUUCGAAAUGCCUUGGCAGUGGCGCAUCCAGCAGCCGACCAGUCCCAUCAGAUCCCCCAUUAGUGCGGCACCCUCUAAUUGGACGCUGAAAAAAUUCGGUCGUCACGUCGGACCGGCUCGCAAUCCCGACUGCAGUUGCGCUCACUGCCUGGACCAUUUCGCCCGCCUGCGUUCAAUCCCCAAGAGUGGAGGAAUGAUCCGUUCAUAACGAAAUGAGGGCGGGAAAAAAAAAAAGAUUACGGAUAGAAGAUGAAGAUGAA